AUGAGCUGGUUCCGAGGAUUCUCGCCACGCCGGCAGCACACCGGCCAGCAGCAGCCACACUCGCCCACCGGUGGCUACACGCCGGUCAGCCCGACCGACCCGUAUGGCGGGUAUCCGCCGUCCGCCUCGUCGGCCGGAUCCUCGCACCACCCCCACCACCACCCGUACAGCGCGCCACCGAGCGCCUCGUACCACCCCUCGCAACCGCCGCCUCAUCCCGGCUAUCCCGGGCCCUACAUGGGUGCCACCAGUAGCCACCCCACCUCGCCGACUCGGCCCGAUGAGGCCUACUACGCCCCGUACACUGGGCACCAGCAGCGGCCGGCGCCACCGGCCCGGUACCAGCCGGCCCCGGGGGAUUACUACGAUUACCCGGGCGAGUCGCCGGGCGGCGGGUAUGGCGCGCCUGCGCCCGACGGGUAUGCCAACAUCCCGCGCGCGCAGUACCAGGCCCCGCCCCCCCCGGCGGGGGCCGGCUAUCCCACCGACGGCUACGGUCCCUACGAGGGGGCCUACGCCCCGCAGCCCCAUCCGCCGCAGCGCAAGUCCCGCAGCCAGCAGCAGCGGCAGCAGCAGCAGCAGCAGCAGCAGCAGCGUCCCGGCCGGACAGACAUCCUGCCCGAGUACUGCCCCUUCCCCCCGGCGCUGGGGAAGCUCUUCACCAAGAUUCGCACCGAUCUCGAUCGGCUGGAGGAGGAAACCAUGCGCUUCCGCUCGUACGUCGAGUCGCUGCCCGACCCGAAGUCCGCCCAGGCGGCCGACCUGGACGAGGCGGUCAUCAACUCCGCCUACAAGGAGUACUUGCGUCUGUUUGAGCUGCCCCAGCGGCAUCUGGCCGCCCUGGAUGAGGUGGAUUUGCAGCAGGCCGGCGGCCUGGCCGAGGCCGCGCGCGCCGCCCGCCGCGAGCUGAUCAACUACUCCAACACCGUGCUGGAUCAUGUGGAGUCCCUGAAGCCGACCGUCUUCGAGCUUCGGCAGAUUGUCCAAUCGGCGUCCAAUUCGCCGAACCCCACGCCGGCUGCCAACGGCCCGGCCUCGUCCUCCUCGCUCCAGGCGUCCGACGGCUCGUCCUCCUCUUCGGGGAGCGUCGACUGAGGCACGACCAAUGCAUGUUUCGCGUAAACACGUCCUUGAUCCUUCCCCCCGCCCCCUCUCCCUCUCCAUGGCUGCCCCGAAAUACAUGCACAUAGACGUC